CGCCACCGCCGCCCCCUUCGCCCCGUCCUCCGCGUCCGCCCCCACCGCCUGCUGCACCUCUGGAGCCCGAGGCCCCAGCGCUUCCCACGUCCCCGCCCGGCGUUCCGCUUCCACCGAGCCCACCGCCAGCAGUGCCACCCAGAUUCCUCAAGGUUUUCAACAUGUCCGCCCAAGGGACUAUCGGCAAGGGCGGGGAGCUGGUCUGGUAUGGCACUCCCGAGUUCAAGAAACAACUCUCCAAGUAUUCGGCACUGCAGCUGAUUGAUGUGACAAAGGCAGAUUGUACUGCCGCAUGCAACUCUUGCCAGCGGUCAUGGAAGGCUGCCGCCACCAAUAGCACCAUUGUUCUUUUCUUUAAAGAGCCGGUGCAGAUUUCCAGGAUCUACGUGAAAGAGCUGAAGAAUUCGGGUGUCGUCAAGGUCCAACUCCUUAAAUGGGUUUACCCCGCGUCGGUAGUCAACACAACCAGCAACUUGGGUAGGGUUGUGUACAACUCGACUGACAUGUUGGGAGCCAAGUGCCAGUCGAUUCCCGCAAUUCAGAUUGGUCCCAAGCUCAGCGGCACAAACUUACAAGUGCCCAGAACUGGAAGCCAGGAGAAUCUGCCCAAGUCCCUCAAGAGUACGGCCGUGGGUGGUGUCAUCAUUACCAUCCAGAGACCAGCCAAUGCUGGCAACAAUUACGGUCCCUUCAUCGAGUCCGUCAAGUUUACUGGCCGUGUCCUGUAUCCAAAGAGCGAGACCCCCUACAACUAUGCGACGAAGCAGUAGGGCCAUCCAACAGAUGGACGUCCACCGUCGUGGUCCCCAACGAGAUACCAAUACUGGACGCCGACAGCAAGUUUCUUAGAUAGGUGUUAGUGACUUCCAGGCGCAGUCUACUAUGACGGAG